GGAUCCCUUCCCUUGUCACCGCUUUUCACCCAUCUCCUCGACGACCACUCAUUUCGUCGCCUCCCCCGGUCAUCUCCAUCUUCAUCUUCAUCUUCUCCACCUCUUUUUUUCUUCUAUCCAAUCUCUCAACGAUGUCCAACCCAUUCGCUGACGGCCCACAUGCGAUCCCGGGUGAACACCCCCCGAUAUAUACCAACGUCAACAUGCACCGCAGCGCGAGUGCCACGAGCUCAACGAGCAGUUUCGGCGGUCGGGGCGGGUACCCGAGCGCCUCUCGUGACGAGCUCAUUACCUCGGAGAAACGGUCCUCGGCAGGUUCUGGGUCUGGUUCUGUUAGAGAUGCCGAGAAGUACAACAUGUCUGCGGACCCUGCAGUAUGGGGCGUCGACUUGACGCGCCCAGAAAUUGACGACGCCCUGCAUGAGCCCGAGGCCAAGUCCGCUGACGGCGCUAAGAGCGGGAUCUUCACGGGGCGAGGGGUGCGCAACAUAGGGUGUUUGGCGUUGAUCGUCCUGCUCAUUGUCGGUGUCUUCGUGGCUUUCCCGGUGGUGACGCACUUCAGGAACCAGGCCAAGUCCAACGCAGCGGCUGCAGCUGCCAACGGCGGCGUCAAUAAUGCGCAGUUGCAGAAUAUCAGCAACGUCAGGCUCAUCGACGUUCACACCCCCAAGGAAGCGUACACGAUCAACGGUUACCACGACAGCACCCAGCCUAUGAAACUAGUCUUUAGUGACGAAUUCGAGGUCGAGGGGCGGAGUUUCUAUCCCGGUGACGAUCCAUACUGGGAGGCGGCGGAUCUGUACUAUUGGUCCACAAACGAUCUGGAAUGGUACGACCCGAAGCAGAUCACGACCAAGAAUGGCGCGCUUGAGAUUACGCUCGACCAGGUCGCCGACCCGACUACCAAUCAUAACCUGAACUACACCAGUGGAAUGAUGACUACAUGGAACAAGUUCUGCUUCACCGGUGGUCUCAUCCUCGCAUCCGUUACCUUGCCUGGAACGAACGACAUAUCCGGUCUCUGGCCCGCCGUUUGGACCAUGGGCAACCUCGGACGCGCUGGAUACGGCGCCACGCUUGAUGGAAUGUGGCCAUACAGCUACGACUCAUGCGACGUCGGAACACUUCCCAAUCAGACCGCGAAUGGAGCACCGAUCGCGGCAACAGACUCUGGCGCCAACAAUGGUCCGUUGUCGUUCUUGCCUGGUCAGCGACUGUCGCGUUGUACCUGCAAAGGCGAGUCCCAUCCGGGUCCCCUACACAGCGAUGGCACUUUUGUUGGGCGUUCGGCUCCCGAAAUCGAUAUCUUCGAAGCUCAGAUUAGUGGCAGCAAUGGCAACAACUUUGGUCAGGUCUCGCAAUCGGCGCAAUGGGCGCCGUUCGACUCGGGAUACAGCUGGGACAACUCGACGACAAACUUGAUCAUCCCGAAUCCUGCUAUCUCGCAGCAGAACUCAUUCAAUGGCAAUCUCUUCCAGGAGGCUUCGUCCGUUGUGUCAAACACCAAUCAGAGCUGCUACGAGCUGCUCGACGGGUGCUUCGCGAUCAACGGGUUCGAGUAUGUCCCGGGGUACGACAACGCGUACAUCACCUGGAUUAGCAACAACCAAGUUUCGUGGACCUUGAACGCCGGUGCUGUUGGUCCCAACGCCCAGACGCAAGUCUCCGCUCGCCCAAUCACAGAUGAGCCUUUGUACAUUCUCAUGAACCUCGCGAUCUCACACAACUUUGCGUUCAUCGACCCGAAGCUGAAGUUCCCCGCCAAGAUGCGGGUCGACUGGGUCCGUGUUUACCAGCACCCGGAUAAAAUCAAUAUCGGAUGUGAUCCAAAAGACCGGCCGACACAGUCGUAUAUCAACACGUACAUCGAGGCGUAUACUAACCCGAAUCUGACUACAUGGGUAGACGAUUUCAAGCAGGUCAUCCCGAAGAACAAUCUGACCAGCCAGUGUUGAUAUUUCUGAAUAUUUAUGCAUUUGUUAUACACAGCAGUUGUACAGUGCACUUUGUGAGAGCACACUCAUACCCAUUGUAGUGCUUGGAUCAUUGGAGUGGUAAGCUAACGAGCCUGACCAUCCAUGUGCGCUGCUGCAGACUAAGGGUUGAAACAUGCGAGAACACUGAAUCGCUCUCCAAGUUCUCGACGGAUCCUGUUUGGAUGCCACCACUUAUGUGCUGAAUGUGUACCUCGAAUCAACAAUUGCGGAGAGGUGAAGAAUAAUUGUUUGAGACUGGCAAUAUAGAUCUUCACGGCACCCUAGUCGUCCCUAGCCACCGCGGUGGCUAGACACCUCUCCCCCUCAUGGUGGCUAUGUGAGGCUAGUCAGGGCUUGUCGGCUACUCCGAGGGUGAGCAGCUGGACCUGGAACGCAGUGACUAGGCACAUGGGCUUGGUCCUCGGGGCCUGUCUGAGAUAUUCAAUUCCUG